CACACACACAGCUGCCCACCACCAUGUCGGCGCUUGCAGCUGAUCCGGCCAGCUCGUCGGCCAUUGACGACAACGAGUUCGACGAGGAGCAUGGCGAGCACCACCCCCACAGGAACUCGGUGCACCACCGGCUGCGAGCGAGCAGCUCCAUCAUGCAGCUGAAGAAGCUGCUGGUGGCCAACCGAGGAGAGAUCCCCAUUCGCAUCUUCCGUACAGCCCACGAGCUGUCUCUGCACACGGUGGCAGUCUACAGUCACGAGGACCGCCUCAGCAUGCACAGGCAAAAGGCCGACGAGGCCUAUGAGAUCGGCGCGCGGGGCCAGUACUCGCCCGUCGGCGCCUACCUGGCAGGCGACGAGAUCAUCAAGAUUGCCGUCGAACACAAUGUGAACAUGAUUCACCCGGGCUAUGGCUUCCUGUCGGAGAACGCAGAGUUUGCCCGCAACGUCGAGAAGGCCGGCCUCAUUUUUGUAGGCCCCUCUCCCGACACCAUUGACGCUCUCGGCGACAAGGUCUCUGCCCGUAAGCUUGCCGUCAAGUGCAACGUCCCCGUCGUGCCGGGCACCCCUGGCCCAGUGGACAGGUUCGAGGAUGCCAAGGCCUUUACUGAUGAAUAUGGAUUUCCCAUCAUCAUCAAGGCUGCCUUUGGUGGUGGUGGCCGUGGCAUGCGUGUAGUCCGCGAGCAGUCGACGCUCAAGGACUCGUUUGAGCGUGCCACAUCAGAGGCCAAGUCGGCUUUCGGCAACGGAACCGUCUUCAUUGAGCGCUUCCUCGACAAGCCCAAGCACAUUGAGGUCCAGCUUUUGGGUGACAACCAGGGCAACGUCGUCCAUCUGUACGAGCGUGACUGCAGUGUCCAGCGUCGUCACCAAAAGGUUGUUGAGAUUGCUCCCGCCAAGGAUCUCCCGGUCGAGACCCGCGAUGCUAUUCUUGCCGACGCUGUCAGGCUGGCACAGAGUGUCAAGUACCGAAACGCUGGUACUGCUGAGUUCCUGGUUGACCAGCAGAACCGCUACUACUUCAUUGAGAUCAACCCACGUAUUCAGGUCGAGCACACCAUUACCGAGGAGGUUACCGGCAUCGAUAUCGUUGCUGCGCAGAUUCAGAUUGCUGCUGGUGCAUCUCUUGAGCAGCUUGGCCUGACUCAGGACCACAUCUCUACUCGCGGCUUUGCCUUCCAAUGCCGUAUCACCACAGAAGACCCCGCCCAGAGCUUUGCUCCUGACACUGGAAAGAUUGAGGUCUACCGUUCCGCUGGUGGAAACGGCGUCCGUCUUGACGGUGGUAAUGGAUUCGCAGGAGCCAUCAUUACUCCUCACUACGAUUCCAUGUUGGUCAAGUGUUCUUGCCGUGGUUCAACAUACGAAAUCGUGCGCCGUAAGAUGCUUCGUGCACUGGUCGAGUUCCGUAUUCGUGGAGUCAAGACCAACAUUCCCUUCUUGAUCAAGCUGCUCACACACCCUACGUUUGUCGACGGUCAGUGCUGGACUACUUUCAUCGACGACACACCGGCGCUCUUCGACUUGAUUGGAUCUCAGAACCGUGCUCAGAAGCUCCUCGCAUACCUCGGCGACCUAGCUGUCAACGGCAGUCAGAUCAAGGGACAGAUUGGCGAGCCCAAGUUCAAGGGUGCUAUCCCUAUCCCAGCCAUCCACAACAAGGAUGGCAAGAAGAUUGAUACUUCUGCUCCUUGCACCGAGGGCUGGAGGAACGUGAUUCUCAAGGAAGGCCCUGAGGGCUUUGCAAAGGCUGUGCGUGCCAACAAGGGCUGUCUGAUCAUGGACACGACCUGGCGUGAUGCCCAUCAGUCGCUCCUUGCUACUCGUGUCCGAACUGUUGAUCUGCUCAACAUUGCCAAGGAGACUAGCCAUGCCUACUCCAAUGCCUGGGCUCUCGAGUGCUGGGGAGGAGCCACUUUCGACGUGGCCAUGCGCUUCCUUUACGAAGAUCCUUGGGACCGUCUCAGGAAGAUGAGAAAGCUUGUGCCCAACAUUCCCUUCCAAAUGCUUCUUCGCGGUGCCAACGGUGUCGCAUACUCUUCUCUUCCCGACAACGCCAUCUUCCACUUCUGCGAGCAGGCAAAGAAGAAUGGUGUUGACAUCUUCCGUGUCUUCGACGCGCUGAACGAUGUCGAGCAACUUGAGGUCGGUAUCAAGGCCGUCAUCAAGGCUGGCGGUGUCGCUGAAGGUACCGUCUGCAUUUCGGGUGAUAUGUUGAACCCAAAGAAGAAGUACAACUUGGAGUACUACUUGGGCAUUGUUGAGAAGAUUGUCAACAUGGGCGCCCACGUUCUCGGAAUCAAGGACAUGGCUGGUGUGCUCAAGCCUCGUGCUGCUCGCCUUUUGGUUAGCACCAUCCGCAAGAAGUACCCCGAUCUGCCUAUCCACGUCCACACACACGACUCUGCUGGUACCGGUGUUGCAUCCAUGGCUGCUUGCGCCGAGGCUGGCGCAGACGCUGUUGAUGCCGCUAUCGACAGCAUGUCGGGUAUGACCUCUCAGCCCAGUGUGGGUGCUAUUCUUGCAUCCCUGGAGGGUACCGAGUUCGACGCCGGUCUGGAUGCCCACAUGAUCCGCAACCUCGAUGCCUACUGGGCUCAGCUUCGUCUUCUCUACUCUCCGUUCGAGGCUGGUCUGACGGGUCCUGACCCUGAGGUCUACGAGCAUGAGAUUCCAGGAGGUCAACUCACGAACCUCAUCUUCCAGGCUUCCCAACAGGGUCUUGGUGAGCAGUGGGCUCAGACCAAGAAGGCCUACGAACAGGCCAACGACUUGCUCGGCGACAUUGUCAAGGUCACUCCCACAUCCAAGGUUGUUGGUGACUUGGCUCAGUUCAUGGUCUCCAACAAGCUUUCUUACGACGAUGUUCUGGCCAAGGCUGAGCAGCUUGACUUCCCAUCUUCAGUCCUGGAAUUCUUCGAGGGACUCAUGGGCCAGCCAUACGGCGGCUUCCCCGAGCCCCUUCGCACACAAGCCCUCCGUGGCCGAAGGAAGAUGGACAAGCGCCCUGGUCUCUACCUCGAUCCCGUCGAUAUCGUCAAGACCAAGGCUGACCUCAAGGCCAAGUGGGGUGACGCCACAGAGUGUGAUGUAGCAUCCUACAUCAUGUACCCCAAGGUCUUUGAAGACUACAAGAAGUGGACAACCAAGUACGGAGACCUCUCUGUUCUGCCCACUCGCUACUUCUUGUCCAAGCCUGAGAUUGGUGAGGAGUUCCACGUCGAGCUCGAGAAGGGUAAGGUCCUGAUCCUUAAGCUUCUGGCCAUUGGACCUCUUUCCGAGCAAACCGGACUUCGUGAGGUCUUCUACGAGAUGAACGGCGAGACCCGUACAGUGACGGUUGAGGACCAGCACGCGGCCAUUGAGAACGUUUCACGACCCAAGGCCGAUCCCACAGACAGCAGCCAAGUCGGAUCGCCCAUGUCUGGUGUCUUGGUUGAGGUGCGUGUUCACGACGGCAGCGAUGUCAAGAAGGGUGACCCUGUUGCUAUCCUCAGCGCCAUGAAGAUGGAGAUGGUUAUUUCCGCACCACACUCUGGUAAGGUCAGCAACCUGUCUGUCCGAGAGGGAGACUCUGUCGACUCUGGUGAUCUUGUUUGCAAGCUGGUCAAGUGAGCAAGACAUUUUUCACAAAUUGGCGAUUGUUAAGAUAAUGACUCUGAGAAUGAAAAUGACUAGAUAGCACAAAAUUAGGCGCAAGGAUGCCAUGAUGAC